AUGUCUGAGAACUCUGAGGAAGAGUAUAAUACUAUAGACGAUGAUUUUAUUUAUGACGAAGACGAUGACAAUUCUAUCUUCGAGACUGAUGAACCUGACCCUCUGGACGAUGAGGGUGAUCUUACUUUCUCCUAUAUCGUGGCUGAUAAAGAUCGACCAAAGAAUUAUGAGGUUGAUUUCAAAGUUCACUCAGUCGCAGGUAUUGUCAAGAACCAAGAUGAAGAGGUCACUCACGUCUCAAACAUUCUUGGUAUCGAAAAGCAACAUGCCGCCACGCUACUUCGUCAUUUCCGAUGGAACAAAGAACGGCUUAUUGAACGCUACAUGGAUGAUUCUGUCAAUGUGCUGAGACAGGCAGGUGUAAUCACCGAGAAUUCUAAAGCACCAAAGUUUACUAAAGUUCGUAACUUCACUUGUGAGAUUUGUUGCGAUGAUGAUAGAAAUAUGGAAACUCUUGCCUUGUCUUGCACUCAUCGUUUUUGUCGGGAUUGUUAUGAACAUUAUUUGACACAAAAAAUCAAAGAAGAAGGAGAAAGUAGAAGGAUAUUAUGUAUGGCAAAUCAGUGUAACGUUAUUGUAGACGAAAAAACUGUCGAAUUGGUGGUCAAAAAAGAUGUUCAUGAAAGAUAUCGAACACUAUUGAAUCGAACAUAUGUCGACGACAAUGAUCAUCUAAGAUGGUGUCCUGCUCCAAGCUGUGAAUACGCAGUUGAAUGUCACGUUCCUCAAACUUCUUUAAUUAGUAUUGUGCCAACCGUAGAAUGCACUUGUCAUCACAGAUUUUGUUUUGGUUGCGGUUUUCCCGAUCAUCAACCGUCAAUCUGUGCUCUUGUAAGGAAAUGGAUAAAGAAAUGUGAAGAUGACUCUGAGACUGCUAAUUGGAUCUCGGCACACACAAAAGAAUGCAGCAAAUGUCAUUCCACAAUUGAAAAAAAUGGUGGUUGUAAUCAUAUGACUUGUCGCAAAUGCAAAUAUGAAUUCUGCUGGGUCUGUAUGGGACCUUGGUCAGAACAUGGUACCAGCUGGUAUAAUUGUAAUCGCUUCGAUGAAAAGAGCAGUCAAGAUGCCAGAGAUCAACAAGCGAAAUCUCGAGCUUCUUUGGAGAGAUAUCUUCAUGCAAGUAUAUUCUACUAUAAUCGAUAUGCCAAUCACGAACAAUCUGCAAAACUUGAUCGUGAACUUUAUCUCAAGACGGAGAAAAAAAUGGAAGAAAUGCAACAAACUUCUGAUUUAUCAUGGAUUGAAGUUCAAUUUCUCAAGAAAGCAGUUGAUAUUCUCGUGCAAUGCCGUAUGACUCUCAAGUGGACGUACGCGUUUGCAUUUUACCUUGCUCGUAACAAUCAAACAGAAAUUUUUGAAGAUAAUCAACGUGAUUUAGAAAUGGCAGUUGAACAACUUUCUGAAUUAUUGGAGAAGCCUAUCGAGGCCGAGAAAAUUGCAGAAUUGAAGCAAGAAGUUCUCAAUAAAACUGUCUAUGUUGGAAGCAGAAGGGAAGUGUUGCUAGAGGAUACAGCUAAAGGUCUAUUGGAAACUCGCUGGGAAUUCCAGGUCGACAUUAAAGAAUAG